AUGCUGAAGAAAGGCGUCGAGCAAUCCCGGAGCAGCGAACACUUUCUCAAACAGUCGCCCUCAAAGGACGAUAUCUUCAAGCUUGUCCAGGACCGGCAAGAUAUGAAUGCAUCCAAGGGCUCAGCUCUGUGUCCGGUCGCUGAGGUCUACGAGAUGACUUACAGCUUCCUCUCUCCGAUCGCCGUCAGAUCCAGCCAGUUACGGUCGUCCAGUCACAUGUGGAUAAUUUUCUCCGAAUUACGGUGCAACACCGUCCUAAAGAGACGCGUGACUCGAAGAUGA